GUGAUGAUCGGUUGCACUGUCAAGAUGCCGCCUGCCACUGCAGUAAACUACACCACAUGGAUACUUGUUGGGUUUCUGUCAGGUUAUGUGGUUUAUAGGUAUCGACGUGACUGGUGGGAGCGGCACAAUUACCUGCUCUCGGGUGCACUAGAUGCAGGUUUGGCGUUCAUGGCUGUCUUAAUUUACUUGUGCCUAGGCUUGGAGAACAUUAGUUUGAAUUGGUGGGGCAAUGACUUGGAUGGAUGUCCCCUGGCUUCUUGCCCCACUGCUAAAGCAGGUCCCUAUCGGCCGACCUCUCAACAGCGACCUCUCACCAGUCACCCUUGGCACGACGGUCCACCCAACUGGACAACCACUCAGCCUAUAUAAAAAAUCAACCUGAUCGAGAAGACAACAAAGAAAAGUGGAAGAAGAAGAAGCUCAAGCUAGCUAGACAACAGGAAGAGCACCCAAGAAAACCACAAGGAUCACCAACGAGAUGCAGCAAGCGAAGGUGAAGGUGAAGGACGGCUCGAGCGCGCUGAGGGCCAAGGCGAAGAUCGCGUGGGCCAAGCUGGCGGAGAAGGUGGAGGCGGCGACGUCGAGGUCGCACGACGAGCGGAAGCUGGCGCACGAGCGCGGCAGGGCCAAGGUUGCCGCCGCCGAGGCGCAGCUGCACCGUGAGAAGGUGGCGCACCGCGAGGCGGCCAUGGAGCACCGCCUCCACAAGCACGCCGGCGUGGGCGGCCACAACCACAAGCACGACGCCGGUGGCGUGCACUGAGGCGUGGCGCGUCUAGGGAGCCUGCCAACGUGUGAUUUCCUCUAUUCUUUUCACUUGUGUACUGUUACAUACGUGUGUCGUGGUUAUUUGGUCAAGUUAUAUCUGGAGUGCCAUGUGAAUUAUUGACGUUAUGGACGUUUUCAUGAUUGACUAACUAAGAAACGAUUAUUCUUAAUUUUCUUGAUGUAUUUAUUUUCUUUA